AUGUACCCUACGAGUACAAAAGACUAUCAACAAGCCUACACAAAUUUUGCUAUGAGUAAACCAACUCAGCCAUUAACAUCGACGCCAACAACUACAGACAAACAACAUUUCGCUGACUAUUUUCAACAAGAAGAAGAGAACGAUGGCCGUCGUGUGAGGACCGCCUUCACAAGUUCUCAAAUUUUGGAGCUCGAAAGUGAAUUUUCAAGAUGCAUUUACCUCCAUCGAUCACGUCGGAUUGAAAUAUCCGAACGACUUGGUCUAAACGAAAAGCAAGUCAAAGUGUGGUUUCAAAACCGUAGAAUGAAGUUGAAGAAAUUAACAACUUCUGCAAAUGGAACAGAAGCCAUGAAAACAUUUCGCACAGAUCAUCUGAUUGUGAAAAAGUUGAUGACAUACGAGCCAAUGACAGUCAAUAAAACACCCGGCUCAGAAGCUUUUUCCAGUAAUCAUAAUCAUCAAAUUCAAAUGUCACCGAAGACACAAGAAGUCAUUCAACUAAAAAAUCUUCCAGUGAUUCAGCCAUUGGUGGCAAAGGUUGUAACAAAUCCUUUACAAACCCAAACGAUCCAACCUCUUACAGUCAAAAAUCAAGCUCUUAGAACGUUUAAACCACAGGUUAUUGUAAAAAUGCCAUCAGCGGCCACUGGUUCGAAUCAAGCUUACAUCGAACGUAUGCCAAAGCCAUUGAAUCAAGUUCCACAACAAUUUGUCCGCGUGAUGAAUAAUGUCACCAACAACAUUCAGCCAAAAUUACAAAUGGUUAAAACCAUUACUUCCACAUCAACUGUUACCACAUCUCAUACUCAUCAAGCUCUUCGGAUGCCGACCAUCAUCAAUCACACUAGGCCUUAUAUACAACCAGUCAAGAUUGUUGCACCCGCAACUUUAGUUCUUCCUCGCCAAGUACCUCAACAACAAAUAAUGGCGAUGCCUAUUCCUGACCAUGAAAUGAAGCCACAAACUCAACCCAUACAGACCAUACAAACCAUCACUUCUUCACCAAUCCAACCCAUUAAAACCAUAACUUCUCCACCGAUAGUCCUGUCUCAACAAAAACAACAAGUUUCAGCAAAUCUUCCAACUCAGUCCGUGCAGCAGUGGCAGCCGCAAAAUAAUCCUGUACAGCACUUGAGCCAGCAGCUUCAAGUCCCGUAUUCAUGCGGCGUGGAGUAUCAACCAUAUCAGUCGAAUCCACAAGAACUAUUUCCACAUUAUCAACAAGAAUAUUAUUUCAAUCAGCAGACUCAUCAACCAAUGGAAACACAACAAUACGAAGAGCACCUGGAGUUUUCAGAGCAUAAAGUUCCUGAAGUCUUCCACCAAAAUCAUUCACAAAUUGAUCUUCUGGCUAGUUACUCUUCUGACAUUAACAUGUCGAAGGAUUCUGAACAGUUGCCAUGUGAUUCAGAACUUUACAGCGAUCUUCUUUCCACGCUAAAUUCAUUGAUGGGAAUCAAGACUGAAGAACAAGAUGAGGUUUCUAGCAAAGAUGACUCAUGCGAUAAGCCUAUCAGCACUGAGCUAUCAAUGGAUCUGGGAGAAUUUUUAAACUUCGACAAAAACCCACGAUAUCCCAACGGAGCAUCAACAAGUUCUGAGAUAAAAGUUGAACAAUCUUUCGAUGGAAAACAAGAAGAGGAACCUAUAAAAUCUGAACCAAUAUCUCCUGUAAUAUUGGAUUUACUUGAUGAAUACGAAUACAACGAACUUGAAGGUAGCUCAUUCAUUGAUUUUAAAGAACACUUAGAAAAUUUUGGAGUUGGCGAAAGCUUCAAAUCGUCCCAAAAUGAUCAAUCGAUGAAUGCUAUCAAAACUGAACCACAUCAACCAAUGGAUAUUGAUGACGUUGAUAUUGAUGAAUUGCUGAAUUUUUCAAUGUUAUCAGCAUCUAAUUUCGUCAAUAUUUCAUUUGAAAACUUAAUGGAUUGUGGCGAACAACCAAAAGUUUCGGUUUUUUAA